UAAGUCAGCUAUGACUGGAGUGACAGAACAAAAUUGAUCCUAUUUAGGUCCGCUUACCAAUCGGAAUCUGGAUCCAGGAUGUUGCACAGCAGCUACAAUCGGGCGCCACGCCGCAAGCUCAUCCCGAAUCUGUUUAGCAUCAUCCUGCAGGUGGUGGCCGAUUCAACGCGACCAUUGACCGAGCACGAGAUCGCCGAGGCUGUCUCCAAGAAGAUGGAACGCUGCGACGAGGAGCUGAAGCGCCAGAUAACGGUCAGCCUGCACGACGCCCUGAUUUAUGGCUAUCUCCGCGUGAAGAACUUUCGUUAUUCCAUCGUCUCCAGCCGUCUGGAACCAAACUCUCAUCAAAGUUUCAGAAACAGAUCCGAGGGCUACGGACCGAGCUCCUCAAUAGCCGCCGGCAUCUCGAACCAUCACCGAUCGGAGGAUAGGAUGUCGAGUGCCAACGAAGAUGAGGACGACAUCAACGAUGAGGACGUGAAUGCCAACGAGGGGCAAGUUCUCGAACAAGAGAACCAUACCAGGGCAGAGCCAGAGAAGCAAAUAAAUUGAAAUUCGUUGAGCAAAAUUAAUAUAAGCUCAACAGUCAAGUGAUUAACCCUCGAGUUCUUAUGAUUUGACGGAGCUAAUGCGUAAUGGAAAACUAUAACGAAUAAAAUACAAUCAAUUAGGAA